AUGCUUGUCCUGACCGUCUCAGGCCUCUAUCAAGACUAUGCCCUUGGCCUCGGACCUCCAACCCGGGAUAUCCUCCCCUCACAGCCGAGACGUGAUUCUAUUUCCAAGACUAUUUAUUUAGCCUCUUCCCCCUCUCUCAGGGCUGCCCCUCGGGCCCCCUUCCUCCAGUUCCACCCCUUUGGACCCUGCCUCCAAAAGCAGUUCUUCUGGCCUCUGCGACCCCCGCCGCAGCGCCGCUCCUCGGCCUGUGUCCCAGGGCUGCCUGACAGCCGCCAGCCCGGCGGGUCUGGCCUGGGUGCUGCCCCCGCGCCCCUGGCCGCCCCCAGCCGGGGCGGGGCGCGCGGAGGCGGGGGCGCGCUGGCGGCCGAGGCGGCAGCGGCGGCGAAGACAGGCGGGCCGGGCGCGUGUCCGCGGCGCGGUGACUCGGCGGCUCCGCAGCCGCUGCAGCGGGAGGACCCGGCCGGAGCCGCCGCCGCCGCCGCCAUCGCAGCCGGGCGGCCGGGCCCCGCCGCCGGGAUGCCGAAGAGCCGGGGCGGCUGCGCCGCGCCGGGGCAGCAGCCAGCGGGCCUGGCCCCGCGCUGGAGCCGCUGGCGGGCCCCGGGGCGGCUGCUGCUGCUGCUGCCCGCGCUCUGCUGCCUCCCGGGCGCCGCGCGAGCGGCGGCGGCGGCGGCGGCGGGGGCCGGGAACCGGGCGGCGCGGGCGGCCGAGACGGAGGCGCCCUUCGUUGGGCAGAACUGGUUAAAGUCCUAUGGCUAUCUGCUGCCCUAUGAUUCACGGGCAUCGGCGUUGCACUCAGGGAAGGCCUUACAGUCAGCCGUCGCCACUAUGCAGCAGUUUUACGGAAUCCCAGUCACCGGUGUGUUGGAUCAGACAACAAUCGAGUGGAUGAAGAAGCCUCGAUGCGGGGUCCCUGACCAUCCGCACUUGAGCCGCAGGCGGAGGAACAAGCGCUACGCCCUGACGGGACAGAAGUGGAGGCAGAAGCACAUCACUUACAGCAUUCACAACUACACCCCAAAGGUGGGUGAGCUAGACACGCGGAAAGCUAUUCGCCAGGCUUUCGAUGUGUGGCAGAAGGUGACCCCGCUGACCUUUGAAGAGGUGCCAUACCACGAAAUCAAAAGUGACCGGAAGGAGGCCGACAUCAUGAUCUUCUUUGCUUCUGGCUUCCAUGGCGACAGCUCCCCAUUUGAUGGAGAAGGGGGAUUCCUGGCUCAUGCCUACUUCCCUGGCCCAGGGAUUGGUGGAGACACUCACUUUGACUCAGACGAGCCAUGGACAUUAGGAAAUGCCAACCAUGACGGGAAUGACCUCUUCCUGGUGGCUGUGCAUGAGCUGGGCCACGCGCUGGGACUGGAGCACUCCAAUGACCCCAGCGCCAUCAUGGCACCCUUCUACCAGUACAUGGAGACACACAACUUCAAGCUGCCUCAGGACGAUCUCCAGGGCAUCCAGAAGAUCUACGGGCCCCCCGCCGAGCCCCUGGAGCCCACAAGGCCCCUCCCCACGCUCCCCGUCCGCAGGAUCCACUCACCGUCUGAGAGGAAGCAUGAGCGCCAGCCCAGGCCCCCUCGGCCGCCCCUCGGGGACCGGCCAGCUUCACCGGGUGCCAAACCCAACAUCUGUGACGGCAACUUCAACACAGUAGCCCUCUUCCGGGGUGAAAUGUUUGUGUUUAAGGAUCGCUGGUUCUGGCGCCUGCGCAAUAACCGGGUGCAGGAAGGCUACCCUAUGCAGAUCGAACAGUUCUGGAAGGGCCUGCCUGCCCGAAUAGAUGCAGCCUAUGAAAGGGCCGAUGGAAGAUUUGUUUUCUUCAAAGGUGACAAGUACUGGGUGUUUAAAGAGGUGACGGUGGAGCCUGGGUACCCCCACAGCCUGGGGGAGCUGGGCAGCUGUCUGCCCCGAGAAGGCAUUGACACGGCUCUGCGCUGGGAACCUGUGGGCAAGACCUACUUUUUCAAAGGCGAGCGGUACUGGCGCUACAGCGAGGAGCGGCGGGCUACAGACCCUGGCUAUCCCAAGCCCAUCACGGUGUGGAAGGGCAUCCCACAGGCUCCCCAAGGGGCCUUCAUCAGCAAGGAAGGAUAUUAUACCUACUUCUACAAGGGCCGGGACUACUGGAAAUUUGACAACCAGAAACUGAGUGUGGAGCCAGGCUACCCACGCAACAUCCUGCGUGACUGGAUGGGCUGCAACCAGAAGGAGGUGGAGCGGCGCAAGGAGCGGCGGCUGCCCCAGGACGACGUGGACAUCAUGGUGACCAUCAAUGACGUGCCAGGCUCUGUGAAUGCGGUGGCUGUGGUCAUCCCCUGCAUCCUGUCCCUCUGCAUCCUGGUGCUGGUCUACACCAUCUUCCAGUUCAAGAACAAGGCAGGCCCUCAACCUGUCACCUACUAUAAGCGGCCAGUCCAGGAGUGGGUGUGAGCAGCCCGGGGCCCUCUGUCCACUCGGUCUGGCCAGCCAGGCCCUUCCUCACCAGGGUCUGAGGGGCAGCUCUGGCCACUGCUCACCAGGGCCAGCAGGGCCCUAGGCUAGGGGUCAUGUAGCUGAAGCGGUAGUACGUGGGCCUAGGCUGAGCGUGGGGCAGGGAGUGAUGGCGGCUGUGCCCCAGGGUGGGUGUCUGGCACCCAGUUGCCAGCCUUCUGUCCUGGGUAAACUGCUCCCUACUCAAGGGAAUAGGCCAGGCCCCAUCAAGAGGCAGGGACCAUGCCAGGAGGAGGCCCUGCAGUCACUGAGUCCUUGAGGCACCACAGCUCCUACCUGGCUGGACCCAGCACCUUCUGUGGGAAGCCAGUACUAGUGCUCCCAGCCCCAUGUGGGAGAUGCCACCAGUCCUGGUCCCUCAUUGCCAACACCUGCUGGUCAGAUGUCCUCCCAACCCCACCCCACUGUCCUCCAAGGCUACAGGACCCCUGCUGCAGACACAGUGGGCAACGAGCCUGGGUUUCCCUGCUGGCAACAGCAGAUCCCUCAGGAAACCUGCUCCACGCGUCAGGGUCUCCUCUGAGACCCAGGAUUUAGGGUCACAUGCUGCAGGCAGGGCUGUGGCCCAGCUGGGUCUUAAAGGACCCAGCUGUCACAUCGUGAAUAUUUCAAUGUCCUGUCACUAUUGUUUAAAGUCCCAUUCUGCAAAGGCUGCUUGAGGCUUUAGGUGAAUUAGAGGUGACUGUCUUGGUGAUGAGGCCAGCCCUUCCCCCCAACGAUAAGGACCAAGGUGCUGUUAAGGCCAUUCUAGUGCCCAGACACCCAGGAGCUGGGCCCUGCUACUGAGGCUAAAUUAGGGCUGGAGCAGGAGCUGACCUCACCUCAGGAGGCUGAUUUGAGUGUGUAGCUGUCCACUCUCCUGUCCCUCCCCAUUUCCCCAGUCCCCAUCCCUGCUCCAGCUGGUGGCUUGUGGCCUCAGGGCUCAGCCUGACUAGUUUAGGUGAGAAAGAAAUGGCUCCAGGCCAACACUCUCAUGGCCUUGGCAUAAGGGGCCCAGAGCAGCCUUCUGAAGUGCUUAAGCCCACACCAUUAGCUACCCUAACACCAACUCAAUCCCUCAGCCCAGAAGCAGUGUUUAUACCAUGAGCUCAGCCCUUCCUAACCCAGCUCUUUGGGCCCAUCAUCCUGCACUGCUAUUUGGAAAAGGGCACCUUCAACUGGUAAAGGCCCCAAGCCUAGGGGCCUGGCCUUCACUGUCUCUGGUAGGAAUUCCUAGGGCUCAACUUGCCUCACUCCAACCUGGUAAGAGGCAGCCCUGUGUGUCACUAAGGAGCUGUAGCCAAGAUCGGGGGUUCAACGAUGUCUACUGGCUCUCUGCCAAAUCCAAGAGGAGGUGUCAGUCUUCAGGAUGCUGGCAGGGCCUCUGAGCCUACAUGGGCCUUGUCCCCACCCUGCUGCCUCUGGGCUUUGGGUCCACUUAACCUGUAGCAGACAGGGACUCUGGGAGCUGUCUUGAGCAAAAUCUCUCUUGUCCCAGAGGCACCUAUAUGGGUCCACUGUGUUCCCUGUCAUCAUCCUUCUGUUUUUUUUCUCAUUUUGGCCAAGGGCGGGCUCCCUGGGGCGGGUGGGGAACAACUGCAGAGAUAUUAGUGAUUCAUAGGUUUGUACAGUGUUUUAUACUUUGCAAAGCACUUUAUUAGCUCACCCCUGUUCACUCACAUGUAACUCAUGUAGGCCCUGGGAGCCAGGGCUAACUCUCACUGUGCCCUCAAAUGCAGCACAGAGAGGCUGUUACUUGCCCUGGCCAUCCAGUGAGCCAGCUGGGCCUUGGGUCCCCACCCGUGGACCCCUCUAAGGUCCAAGAUGAGAUCAGAAGUGUCUCUUUUAUCCAUCUUUUCUUGGCCUCCCUUCUCCCCUUCCUGGUUCCUCUCCACUCCUCAGGUUGGUGCUCUCACUUCUUGAAAGUUCUAGGCCCCCCAGGCUCCCCACUGGCUCCUGGUACUACUGAGGUCAGCUGAGAAAGAGCAGGAGAUGGAGGCAGGCAGCCCAGGCUGCAGAUGUGAGGGAUGCAGGGCCAGGCCCAGAAGGGCUCAGCCUGGAGGCUUCCAAUCAUGGAUUCUCCUGCCAUGUAGUCAUCUGUUUGUCCAUCAUCCCAGGACAGGGCAGACAGACAGAGGGGCAAAGCACUGGGGGCCCCAGAGCCCAGCUUCCCCUCAGUCUGGGGAACAUCACAGCAUUUCAGUGUCAGUCACAUUUUAAACUGAUCAGCCUUUGUAUAAUGUUUUUUAAAUCAUUUCUAAAUAAAACAAAAAUACAGA